GACGCCUCUUCAACAAUAACAAGUAUAGUCAGCCAGCUUCGUAGCCGAUAUAGGCAAAAACAUUACAUCUCUUUAGUCUGUUUUGGUAUAUAUUAUUCAGUGUGUUUUAAACAUACUUCUGUCGUAUCUAUUUACGUUGUUCGUUGGGUAGCUGGCUUGCUAAGUUAGCAGUAGCACUGUUUGCUAAUGCUAACUAUCUAGCUAGUUAACAUCCCCGACCAUGAACUCACUAAACUACUACCCCGGUGUUAAAGAAGAGGAGGUCUGCUGGACGGAGAAAGAGGGUCUCGUGAAAGAGGAAAAGGAAGAGGAGGCUGUCACAGUAAAAAAAGAAGUAGAGGGUGAGGCUGUUACAGUGAAAGAAGUUACAGUGACGGAAGAAGAAGUUAUAGUGGAAGAGUUCACAGUGAAAGAAGAAGAAGCGUUCAGCGUGAAAGAGGAGGAUGCUGUUUUUGGAGUGGAGGAGGAGGGGGAGGGGGAGAUUACUGUGACGUUGAAAGAAGAGGAAGAGGAGGAGGAUACUGGAGAUCUGAUUAAUACUAGAGAGAGAUCAGACUCUCACUCUGACAGCAGCAAGAGUCCCUCAGAGGAGCCAGUCACAGAGACGUCCAAACCAGCGAGACGACGCCACUGCUUCAACUGUGGAAAGAGUUUUACUAAGUUACAGAACCUGAAAAAGCAUGAGAGGACACACACAGGAGAGAAGCCUUUCCAAUGUUCCCAAUGUGGAAAGAAUUUUAUUCAGUUAGCGAGCCUGAAAAGACAUAAGAAAAUACACACAGGAGAGAAGCCUUACCACUGUUCCCAAUGUGGAAAAAGUUUUAGGUUGUUAGGUAGCCUUAAGGAGCAUGAGAGAAUACACACAGGAGAGAAGCCUUUCCAAUGCUCUCACUGUGAAAAGCGUUUUACCCAGUUAGGGAGCCUAAAAGAUCACGAGAGAAUACACACAGGGGAAAAACCUUUCCAAUGCUCCCAGUGUGGAAAGCGUUUUACCCAGUUAGGGAACCUAAAAGAUCAUGAGAAAAUACACACAGGACAGAAGCCUUUCCACUGCUCCCAGUGUGGAAAGAGUUUUACCUACUUAGCGCAUCUGAAAAACCACGAGAAAGCACACACAGGAGAGAAGCCUCACCUCUGCUCUCAGUGUGGAAAGAGUUUUACCCAGUUAGGGGACCUGAAUAGGCAUGAGAGAACACACACAGGAGAAAAGCCUUUCCAAUGUUCCCAGUGUGGAAAGAAUUUCACACGGUUAGGGAACCUAAAAGAGCAUGAGAGGACACACACACGGGAAAAGCCCUACCCAUGCUCCCUGUGUGGAAAGAGUUUUACCCAAGUAGGGUAUCUGAAAAAACAUGAGACAACACACACAGGAGAGAAGCCUCACCUCUGCUCCCAGUGUGGAAAAAGUUUUACCCAGUUAGGGGACCUGAAUAGGCAUGCGAGGACACACACAGGAGAAAAACCUUUCAAAUGUUCCCAGUGUGGAAAGAAUUUUACCCGGUUAGAGAAUCUAAAAGAGCAUGAGAGGACACACACACUAGAAAAGCCUUUCCAAUGUUCCCAGUGUGGAAAGAGUUUUACCCGAUCAGGGAACCUAAAAGAGCAUGAGAGGACACACACCCGGGAAAAGCCCUACCAAUGCUCCCUGUGUGGAAAGAGUUUUACCCACUUUGGGUAUCUGAAAAAACAUGGGAGAACACACACACAGGAGAGAAGCCUCACCUCUGCUUCCUGACUGGAAUGAGUUUAACUAAGUUAGGGGUCCUGAAUAGGCAUGACAGGACACACACAGGAGAGAAGCCUCACCUCUGCUUCCUGACUGGAAAGAGUUUAACUAAGUUAGGGGUCCUG